AUGUCUUCUUCUCUUGAGCAACUGAAGGCCACUGGCACCGUCGUGGUCUGCGACUCUGGUGACUUUGCCACCAUCGGCAAGUACAAGCCCCAGGAUGCCACCACCAACCCCUCCCUGAUCCUGGCUGCUUCCAAGAAGGCUGAAUACGCUGCCCUGAUCGAUGCUGCCGUCGCCUACGGUAAGCAGAACGGCAAGACCGUCGACGAGCAGGUUGAGGCUACCCUGGACCGUCUCCUGGUUGAGUUCGGCAAGCAGAUCCUGGAGAUCAUCCCCGGUAAGGUCUCUACUGAGGUCGACGCCAAGCUAUCCUUCAACACCGAUGCCUCAGUCAAGAAGGCCCUUGAGAUCAUCAAGCUCUACGCCGACAACGGUAUCUCCAAGGACCGUGUCCUGAUCAAGAUCGCCUCCACCUACGAGGGUAUCAAGGCCGCUCACAUUCUGCAGUCCCAGCACGGCAUCAACUGCAACCUUACCCUGAUGUUCUCCCUCGUCCAGGCCAUCGCUGCCGCCGAGGCCGGUGCCUUCCUGAUCUCCCCCUUCGUUGGCCGUAUCCUCGACUGGUACAAGGCCGCCAACAAGCGCGACUACACCGCCCAGGAGGACCCCGGUGUCAAGUCCGUCCAGGACAUCUUCAACUAUUACAAGAAGCACGGCUACAAGACCAUUGUCAUGGGUGCCUCGUUCCGUAACACUGGUGAGAUCACCGAGCUUGCUGGCUGUGACUACCUCACUAUCUCCCCCAACCUGCUGGAGGACCUGUACAACUCGACCGCUGCUGUGCCCAAGAAGCUCGACUCUGCUGGCGCUGCUAGUCUAAACAUCCCUAAGCGCGAGUACCUGCACAACGAGGCCGAUUUCCGCUUCGACUUCAACGAGGAGGCUAUGGGUGUUGAGAAGCUCCGUGAGGGUAUCUCUAAGUUUGCGGCUGAUGCUAUUACCCUUAAGGAUCUGCUUAAGGCUAAGAUCCAGGCUUAG